UUUCACAUGCAUCUAAGGAUUGGUUUAGGAGACUUAGUUUCUGAGCUGAUGAAGGACAGUGGAAGGUGGUAUAAAGCCUGUAACAUAUUGUAGUUUUUUGGCAUCUGUUGUGGAAUCAGCACUGUUUUCCAGUUAUAGCAGACCAAAUUUUGGUGGGUGACUGAAGAAUAGGCAAAGAUGGCAGUCAGGCUUUUUAUUUACAGGGAUGGAUUUUUAUGCUGUCAAGUGGAUACUUCUUGUCCACUGGGGUUCUGUCUGACUUCUGGAUUCAGGCAGAACAUGCUUCAUUUGCAGCUUCUCCUUCCCUUCUUCCCCCAAGAAAGUACAACAUGCUGAAUUUUACAGAAGUCAGAGAGACGGUCAAGAACAGGUCCAAGAAGAGCUCUAAGAAGGGGAGUAGCAGUAGCAGCAGCAAAUUGCCUCCAGUUUGCUAUGAAAUCAUUACCUUGAAGACCAAAAAGAAGAAGAUGGCUGCUGAUAUUUUUCCCCGAAAGAAACCAGCCAACACUAAUACAACUGCUGUCCAGCAGUACCACCAGCAAAAUCUCAAUAACAACAACAUUAUUCCGGCACCUAAUUGGCAAGGACUUUAUCCAACCAUCAGAGAGAGAAAUGCAGUGAUGUUCAACAAUGACUUGAUGGCAGAUGUUCAUUUUGUGGUCGGGCCACCAGGUGGGACCCAGCGGCUGCCAGGACACAAAUAUGUCCUGGCUGUUGGGAGCUCUGUAUUCCAUGCAAUGUUUUAUGGAGAGCUUGCUGAGGACAAAGAUGAAAUCCGUAUACCAGAUGUUGAGCCUGCUGCUUUUCUCGCAAUGCUGAAAUACAUAUAUUGUGAUGAAAUUGAUUUGGCUGCAGAUACUGUACUGGCCACUCUUUAUGCUGCCAAGAAGUAUAUUGUCCCUCAUCUCGCCCGUGCCUGCGUCAACUUUCUAGAGACAAGCCUAAGUGCAAAGAAUGCCUGUGUACUGCUUUCCCAGAGCUGCCUCUUCGAGGAACCUGACCUGACCCAGCGCUGUUGGGAAGUGAUUGAUGCCCAAGCUGAGCUAGCUUUGAAGUCUGAGGGGUUCUGUGACAUUGAUUUUCAGACACUUGAAAGCAUUCUCCGAAGGGAGACUCUGAAUGCCAAAGAAAUUGUUGUUUUUGAAGCAGCUCUGAACUGGGCUGAAGCGGAGUGUCAGCGACAAGAGCUAAUGGCUACCAUAGAGAACAAGCGCAAAGUCCUUGGGAAGGCGCUGUACUUGAUACGCAUCCCUACCAUGGCACUCGACGACUUUGCAAAUGGCGCUGCCCAGUCUGGGAUUCUGACUCUCAACGAAACCAAUGAUAUCUUCCUCUGGUAUACGGCUGCCAAAAAGCCAGAGUUACAGUUUGUAAGCAAGCCCCGGAAAGGCCUCGUUCCUCAGCGAUGCCACCGUUUCCAGUCCUGCGCAUACCGCAGCAACCAGUGGCGCUACAGGGGCCGGUGUGACAGCAUCCAGUUUGCUGUUGAUAAGAGAGUGUUUAUUGCUGGCUUUGGGCUGUAUGGCUCCAGCUGUGGAUCAGCAGAGUACAGUGCCAAGAUUGAACUCAAACGACAAGGAGUUAUCCUAGGCCAGAACUUGAGUAAAUAUUUCUCAGAUGGUUCUAGUAACACUUUUCCCGUGUGGUUUGAAUAUCCAGUGCAGAUUGAGCCUGACACCUUUUACACAGCUAGCGUGAUUCUGGAUGGUAAUGAACUCAGCUAUUUUGGACAAGAAGGAAUGACAGAAGUUCAGUGUGGGAAGGUGACUGUUCAGUUUCAGUGCUCUUCGGACAGUACAAAUGGCACCGGCGUACAGGGAGGGCAAAUUCCUGAACUCAUAUUUUAUGCUUGAAUGAAAGUGUGUGGAGACAAAGCAUUUUGCUAUGAAGAACCUGUCUGGUUCAGGCCUACUGAUGCUUAGCUUUCUAUCUGCAGAUGCGUGAUCAGUACAGGUAAUAUGUAACUAAACGCUAUGGGCAAGUUACUGGCUUGCUAUACUUGUAGCAUUGUUGGUGAUCAAGUUUAAGUGUAAUAUUUAAACUGGAAGCUCAUAGGAACAAGCAAGUUUAAAGGCUUUGUAAGAGAGGUGCCUGUUUGCUGGUGAUACUGACCCUUUCUUUGAUGUAUCUAUGAAUCACCAGAGGAUGUCCCCCUCUUGUAUCUCACUAAACGCUGUCUUUGUUGAUCCAUUUUCUCUUUUUCUCCAUUUCCUGCUUUCUGCUUGUUGUUAUUUGGGGAGGUAGGGAUAGAAAAUGAAGCGCCUUUUACUAUAGCUCUCCCUUCUGUCUGCUUUUCAGACUUAAGAGAUUCCAAUAAUGACCUGCUUUUGAUCAUGGGAGCUGAAAGAAGCGUUCCACUUGUAAGCAGAAAAAGCAUAGGUUUAAACCUUCAACCUGUGAGAUUCUCCUGCAGCCAGCUGUUUGUGAUGGCUGCAGAGGAAGAUGGAGAGAAGCAAGCAGCUUUCAGGGAAUUAUAUGGCAUACUGGCCAUGUCCAUAGCGCGUGGACAUGUAUACAGUGAGACAGGUGGGAUGUGAGGUUGGCAAGUUACCAUCAGAGUUAAUUUUCUAGGAAUCCCACCUCAAAGGUAACGAAGUGCUUGCACGUGUCCAAAUUGUAUGUGCAGCUCUACUCUACUCCUGUGACCUAGAUUUUGCUACGCUGAGGUUGAUUUGCAAUUUAAAUGGCUUUUCUUUGAACCCUUGCUAAAUAAUGGGAAUUAAUAUCUAUCAUCAGAUGCAGGAUGAUUUUUUUUUGUUUUGGGUGGGUUUUUUUUUCCUUCCUCCUAAACAUGGUAGAGGCAGAUUACAGAGGAGCAAAAGAAUGUACCAAUCCUGACUUGGAGGUUUUUCUGUAAUACGAGAUUUCUUUUUUUACCAUGUAUUGUCAGCAGAAAUUUAGACAAAGACAAGAAGAUUCCCAACAGAUACCACAUUACACUUAGCAUAUAUCAUCAGAUAACAGUGAAGAGGAGGAAGCCUUCUCUAACGUGUUAAUGUUGGAUCUCUUGCAACUGCUUAUGGUUACACAUUAAUCAGAGGAUUAUGUGGUGCAGAACUUUGUCUUGUCUGAUUCUUUUUCCCAAAAAAACUUCUUGUAUGUGCCUGUAUUGUUUUUGAAAAGUGUUAGGGAUCAUGACUUGUUUAUCAGGGAAGGAAACCAGUAUAAAUAAGAAAUACAGGUACAAUUUAAACAUAAGAAAAAUCCUUCACUAUUGCAUUGGGACAGUUGCUUCACAAAGGGACACUACCUUUUGUAAAGCAUCUCAUUCUUAUUUCAUCUCUCAAGUGGGUUGUUUGUUGUGUAUGUUUUAACAAAAUGAGAGGACCAAAUGAUUCUUUAGACAGACUGAAGAUUAAUGUUGCAAUGUAUCAACACAUUAAUGCAGCAUAACUCUAAAUUCACUUGUCAGUUUUGUAAUAAAAAUGUUUUUCUCAUAUGAUUUCUUUCCAGUUUAAUACUAUUACUCUAAGUGUUUCUUGACAGUUGGAAUCCUGGCCCUGGGCAUUGUAAAGUGCCAAUACAUCUUUGCAGUGUCCAAAAUACCAUCUGAAGUAAAGGCAAACAAGCGUAGACGUCAAACAAUUUAUGGCCAAAGCUCAGAUCUUCUCUGUAGGUAAUAAAAGGAGAGCCAGGUAAAAAACUGUCCUGCAAGAUCUAUGCUUUUCACCCAUUGUAGUGUUUAAUGGUUUAUAUAUGUACAUACGUGUGUGUGUAUAAGCAGCAUUCUUUCUGAAAUGUAAAUACCCUCAAAAUAUAUAGAAAAAUGUUUUGGUUUUUUUUGUAACAGAUGUACAUAAUCCAGACUGUUAGUGAAAUCUAAACAGAAUACUCCAUGGAAAGCUCCCAGAGAGAGGUUUAAAAAACCUCCAGUUAAUUAUAUUUAGAUCUGCAGCCUAAAAUAGAGGAGGAUAUAAUUAUAUGGACUGGAGGAGGAGUUGCUGAAGAUACUGCAAAAAGGAAUCCAAGAUUGUGAUGAGGUAAUGGUCAUCUACUUUUAGACAACAUCUGAGCAGCAGUUCCAUUUAUUUAAAUACAUUUGAAAGCAGAGAAAGAUGCUAAUCAGCUGAUUGAGUUUUCUCACAGCAAAUAGUUGAUGUAGAUAUAAUUACUCUGAGUGAUGAUCAGACUAACAAGUUGCUUGCAGUAGCAAGUUGCGUUCUGAGUUGUUUGGAAAAAAAUCAGGUGCCUCAGCUGGUGGGACAAAUCAGAGAGUACUGUACUGGUAUGUCUAGACAUGGGCUCUCACUUUUAUUUUUUGUUUUUUACUUAUCUGCAAAUAAAGAUGAGGGAUUUACUAUAUUGACUGGCUGGAACGGAAGUUAGGAGAUCAGAAUACUGUGUAGCUGUAACAUGUAGAAAAUAAGCUUUUAUGUAAUUUUUA